AUUUGCGUUGUAGGAACUCUAGUGGAAUGACAUACAUUUCAUGUAGGCAGCUUAAAAUGAUAUCUUCUAAAACGUUUUUACCGGGGAAAACGCUACUAGGAGAGAUCUGCAACUGGCACUACAAAGAGGGCCAAUCUACAUGGAUGACCUACGCUGUAAUGGGGACGAGAAUAGCCUGUUCAACUGCUCGUACCCAGGGUGGACGAUAAACGAUCUAAACUGUAGCCACGACCAAGCUGCAGGCGUGGAGUGUACAGAAAUAGGAGAACCUUUCCUGUUGGUUGCUACCGCGGUUGGAAUAUUUCAAGUAAAGGACGGGUCAAAGGUCCAGAUGUCAUCUGGGUGGGACGACUCAGUGGACUACGACCCUAAGACUGACUUCAUGUACAGGGCAACUCGUGAAGGCAUCGAACGGGCUCGUCGUGAUGGAGGUGGGCAGGAGACCAUUGAUAGUGCACGCGUGUGGUGUCUAAGAUUGGACCAUGCUGGUGGGAAUGUGUACUGGAGCAAACUUGACGGACGCAUCUCAGUAGCCCGGAAGGACGGAUCUUUUGUCAGAUCGUUUGCACUUCUGACAUCACAAGGCUCCGCCAGGCACCUGGUCUUGGAUCCCAGAAACGGACUCAUGUACUGGGUGAACAGUCCCGGUAUUGACCGAGCAGCGAUGGACGGCAGCAACCAGACUACUAUCAUCAGGAACCUGACUGAUCCCAGGGCCAUUACAAUAGACUACACAGAGAAUCGGUUGUACUAUUCCGAUAUCGGCGCAAUCUACAGCUCAGACAUGCUCGGCAACAAUAUACAACUUGUUAAGCCUAAAGACGGGGGAGAUGUCAGAGGGAUAGCGGUUGGUGCUGAUUACAUCUACUGGACACAUUUCUGGACUGGUGAAGUCAUAAGGUUAUCCAAGUCCAGCAUGAAUCAGACUGUUCUGGUUGAUGGCCUGAAGUUUCCACAUGACAUCUUCCUGUCCACGGCGUCGCCUCCUAACGUCACCAAUGAUAACGAAUGA